AUGGCAGCGUUCAGUUUGACGUCCGACAACCAGUUCAUCGUAGCAUCGUACGCAGAAAACGAUCCAGAUCUCUACGUGUACGAGUACAAGGGCGAUCCGAAUGCCUUGGAAGUCACUCAAUCCUGCGAUGGGUGGGAGACUGACGGCGUUAGAGUGGGGCCGUCAGAACAUGCAGAUUUCAGAGCGCUAGAGUUGUUCGGCGUCACGAUCCAAGGGACGUCGACGCAGUGGAGGGAGCUGAUGAAGGACCUGAAGCUCGAAGGAUUCGACGGCCAGGCUUUUCGCCUGGUCGUGAACCGGCUCGGCCAGUGCUUCGUCAACAAGGUCAACGCUCCUUCCGUCAGGCUUCUGAGGCUGAACGACCGCUUUGGCUGGUCCAAGUACGGAGUGGAGCUACCGAAAAGCAGUCUCGGCGGUUAUCCAAACGUGUGGAACGUCAUAUUCGACAUUUACAGUGGAGAAACUGUGGUGGAUGUUCGAGGAAUCGUGCUCGAGAGCGAGGAAGCGAAGGCUGAGGUUCGGGAGCUGAGGAAGAGUCUGGAGGAGAAGCAGAAGGAGGUCGAGAACGCGAAGCUGGAGCUGGAGCUGUGUAAGAGGGAACUGGAGUGCACAAAGGGAGUGGUGAUGAUGAAGAGGAGCAAGGAAACAACGAGGAUUUGGAGUGCUGCGGAAAGAAAAUGGUGGAAAGCGUGUAGAGUUUGA